UUUUAUAUUGGUAAGAAUUUUUUUAAAUUCUCGGUUUUUCAGUUUCAAUAAACAAAAUAAAGAAAAAGCUCUUUUUUUGGGAUAAAGAGCACAAAUAAAACGAAAAAAAGAUAAUUAAAAGAAAAGAAAAAAUAAACCCACCCGCUCUCGUAAAAACUUCAAUAUUGUAUUUUAAUGUUAUUUAUGUCGUUAAGCUGUUUCAUGCCGUUAUUUUUCUAAAGUUGUUAAAAAAAUAUUUAUGUAAUAUCAGUUUAAAUCGAUGAGUUAAGUGGAUAAAUACGAAAAAAGAAUAUACAAAAUAUACAAUAAAAACAUUUAGGGAGAGUAAAAAUAAAAAUGUACACACUAAUUGUAUUAAAGUGAAUUUAAGUUUAAUAAUAAAAAAAAAAAUUCAAAGUCAACUGCUUCUGUUUUGAUUUUAAUUGAAAAGUAAACGGAGGUUGGCUAGCUGGCAAUUAAAUCUAUUAAAACUAUCAAUAAAUUUUUUUUAUAAUAUUUUUAUUUUUUUAAAAAAUUACGAUUAAAAAAAUAUUUUUGAGCCGGGUGAAUUUAAUUAAAUUUCACAUGUUCAAUUUAGGAUCAAUGAAAAUAUUCUUUAUAAAAUAUUAAAUAUAACAAAAAAUAAAAAAAAAGAUAAUGAAAAGAAAAAUGUUUCAAUUAAAAUCGAAAAGAUCGUUAAGCUAAUAAUAUAGUCGUAGCAAUGAGUGUAAUAUUAAUCGCAUACAAUUACGUCAGGUGAUUUCUAAAGGCAUUUUUCACGUUUAUUUUGUAUACAUUUUAAACCUUAUAAAAGAUUUCAUUUAAAAUAUGUCAAACUUGCAACUUUUAUCAAAUAGUAGUGAUCCAAAUUUUCAAAAAGAUAGAAAUUCAUCACCAUUACAAAGACGAAGAAAAUUUAGUUUUCCAGCUACUUUGCAUGCUACAACAUUAUUAGAUGUUGGAACAGCUAUAUCAGCUAGAAGACGUUUGAGUAAUGUUAGUGAUGCAGUUAGUAGAAAAUUAUCAUAUACAAUAGGAUGGAAACAAUCUCAAAUUUCUGUUCAAGAAAUUACAGCACAAGGUAAGUGCCUUUGUGGCCAGUACAUAAGACGACGUCUGAAAAGAUCUGGAUUAUAUAAUCGUAAAUUAGGUUUUCAAAGAAUUAGAAGUAUUAUUGGAACUGCAAUGGUUAAUCCAACAGUUAAAGAUAUUUUUCCAGCUGUAUCAAUCUUAGGUGAUGAAUUAGAAAGAUUACAUCCAAGAGUUUAUACAGGCGUAACCCGACAAAUAUCAAGAAGUGCUGAAAUUGAAUCACCUGAAGCAAUUACAAUAUUAUUAAGUACUGUAGCAAGAGAACUAUUUCGAAAUGAUAUAACAUGGGGUAAAGUUAUAUCUUUAUUUGCAAUUGCAGGUGGCUUAGCAGUUGACUGUGUUAGGCAAGGUCAUUCAGAUUAUUUGCCAUCUUUAGUACAAGGUGUGUCUGAUGUUAUUGAAGAUGAACUUGUGACAUGGAUAAAUGAUAAUGGCGGAUGGAAUGGUCUUAACACACACGUUUAUCCUGAAAAUAAUGAAUUUUCAACAUUUGAAUGGACAACUUUAACGUUUGGUUGUAUCGUAGCUUUAAUAAUUCUUGUUAUAAUUAUACGUUUUAUUUUCAAUGUUUAUUUAAUUCCUAAUUAUUAUAAUAAAAUAUGAUAAAAAACAA